GGGUAGUGCGUUUACAAUACGUGAAUAGAGUAAAUCAAACGGAGGAACUGCAUUUCGGAGGGUGGUGCGGGCACACUGUGCGAGAACCAAACCGAGGAGAUAACCGACAGUGAAGCCUACCUACGCAGCUCAAAAUACGACGUGCUAUGGGGGACCUACGCGAGAUGGACUGCCCGGUGGUGAAGCGGUUAUUAAAGGACGACAGUGCCAAGUGCCUGCUGCUGGACUGCCGCUCUUUCCUCGCCUUCAACGCGGGACACAUCCGCGGAGCCGUCAACGCCCGCUGUAACACUAUCGUCCGCCGCAGGGCCAAGGGCUCCGUGCUCAGCCUGGACCAGAUACUGGCCGGGGACGAGGAGGUCCGUGAACGCCUCCGCUCCGGGAUGUACUCCGCCGUGGUGCUGUACGACGAGAGGACGCCGGACUCGGAGACGGUGAAGGAGGACAGCACGCUGACUCUGGUGCUCAACGCAGUGUGCAGCGACUCCUCCGGAACACUCAUAUACCUGCUGAAAGGUGGAUACGACAGGUUUUUCUCAGAGUACCCGGAGUUUUGUAUAAAGACCAAAUCCUUACCGCCCCUCACCAACCAGUCCAGCGUCGACUCUUCCUGCUCGUCUUGUGGGACGCCGCACCACGACCAGGGCGGCCCGGUGGAGAUCCUCCCGUUCCUCUACCUCGGCAGCGCCCUCCACGCCUCAAAGAAAGAGGUUUUGGACGCCACAGGAAUCUCCGCCCUGCUGAACGUGUCCGCCGACUGUCCCAACCACUUCGAGGGGGCGUACCAGUACAAGUGUAUUCCUGUGGAAGACAACCAUAAAGAGGACAUCAGCUGCUGGUUCCUGGAGGCUAUUGAGUUCAUAGAUUCGGUACGUGACUCCAGUGGGCGGGUCCUGGUCCAUUGUCAGGCAGGCAUCUCCCGCUCCGCCACCAUCUGCUUAGCCUACCUGAUGAAGAGGAAGAGGGUGCGUCUUGACGAAGCCUUUGAGUUUGUGCGGCGGCGGCGCAGCAUCAUCUCCCCCAACUUCAGCUUCAUGGGCCAGCUGCUGCAGUUCGAGUCGCAGCUCCUCGCCACCUCGUGUGCUGCCGAGGCGGCCGCCACGGCCAGCCCGCUGCUCGGACCCAAGUCCUCCACGGUCACCACGGUGACGUCGGCCACGCCCACCUCUCCGUUCAUUUUUAACUUCCCUGUUUCCGUGGUGAACGCCGCCUACCUGCACCACGGCCCACUCACAACGUCCCCCGGAUGCUGAUGGUUAGCCAAUCGCAGCCUUUACCCAAUUAACUGACUCACAGACUGCCAUUGGCGGGAAGAUCUGUCAGUCUUACUGACCGGUAUGUACAUGCUUCCAGGACAGGGAGGUGAGAAGCGUCGCGGUGCCUGAUUCAAAACUCGAAGACUGAACAAAUGUUUUUACAGAAACCAGCCAACGCUCCUUCCAUUUUAACACAAGGUUUCUUCAAAUAGACCAAAAAAUGAACUGUCUUUCAAAUCUAAAGUGUCAGACUGACGUUAACAGAAGAUACACACUCUUCUUUGAAACUCAACAACAUGCACUGACACAGAGGCAUGAGCAGCAGCAAACACUCUCUCGCUCUGCCUCGCACGCACGCACACACACACACACACACACACACACACACACACACACACACACACACACACACACACACACACACACACACACACACACACACACACACACACACAUUCAUGACUACCAACUGAAUAAGCUCAGUAUGAAGACAGGGUUGGUUGCUAUGGAGAGGACAGGCCUUUAGGAGAGGAGAUGGACACAGGAAGGAAGGAGAAUUUUAAGCACCCGCUCUUUCCCCUUUGGGUGUCCCUCCUGUUGGCAGAUGGAUGGAAAAGAGAGGCGAGGGGACGGUGAUAGAAAGCAGGAGCCUCUUCCGUGACAGGUGCUCCGACCGGGGCUUCCUGUCUUUCAUACGUCCUCUUCCUCUCUCUGCCCCCCCCGCCUACACCGUCCUCUCCCCUCUCAUCUCCCCUUUUCAUCCUUUUAUAUUCCUUCCCUCCUCUCAUCUCUGUCUCAUCUUCACCCUGUCCGCCCCCUCUCCUCUGCUCCUCAUCUCCUCACUGAAGAGGCUAAAUAAAUCAAAUAAGAUGCCAAAUGAAGGCCAGGGCCCUGGUAAAUGGACUGGGAAACCCCACUGAAGGGAACAGCUACUGCUACAUUACUAAAACGUUGUUUUUUCGACGAAAGCGCUGUAAUAAAAGCUGUAGGAGAAGGACAACUGCUAAAAAGCUUUUUCUGAUCAGAGGGCAGAAUUUGAAGCACAGUGGUUCUGCAAGACGACCACGUAAAGGACCGUUCAGCUGGUUAUGUAUGAUUUAACAUCAAUACUAUUUUUCUUCGCUAUGAACCAUUUCCAAAGAAAUACAUGUGUUUUAAGGUUAUUUUCUGCUAACACUAGCUCCAGUAGGAUGCUUUGGAAAAUGUUCUUUGUUUUGGUUAUUGGCUGAAAUGUGCAUCACCCCCGAAUGGUCCUUUACAGAUGUUUGUGCCUUGUUCACAAAGGUGUCCUAAAGAUGUUGGCGUGCUGCUAGAAAGCCGAUUGCUGAGUGUUGGUCAAACAUAAGAAACGUGAGCAUUUCAGCAGUGCAGUACAGACUCUAAUUCCACAAUGUCUGAAGCUUCUCUCUUCAUCUCUCACAGAUGGAUACAAACAUAAUGUAUUUGAGCAAUUCAAUAUUUGAUAUUAUAAUUCAACAUUUGGAAAGGCCAUUUUUCAGCCUGACCCACCAUAAAAAAGAAUGAAAGCAGUGUUUUCCAAAGCUACAAAACAAACUUCCUUAACCAUUAAUAGACACCUUAACAUAAACUGAAAAGAAUGAGAAUUUGAUGUCUAGAGAAAAAAAUACAUUUGUCAUGUGUGCUUCUACAUCUUUUAUAUGAGAACAUGUGCGACAAUUUAGAGGCAACAUUUGUUCCUAUCGGCCAUAUUUUCAAAGACAAUGCUGAGCAAAUAUCAGGGACCCUUUCCACUAGAGACUGAUUGAUUUCCCCUUUUAAAUCCAUACUGAAAAAUGAAGCGUGAUGAAGUAAUAAAGAGAAGAUAGCUUUGGGUUUUUACGAAACGUUUUAUAAUCCAAUAAAAGUUAUUAUUUAGUUUUAGAUUCUCUGUUUUUGAAGAUUGUCCACACAUCUCCACUUUCUGGACGUCAAAGCCAAACAUCACGCCAUUUUCAUAAUGUCACACUUUUAGACGAUGUUUGUAUUGCUUCUGCUUUUGACCAGGCUAAGCUUUACACUGUGCUAGAAAUCCAAAGGCACAGAACCAUCAUGGUUGCUCACACACACACACACACACACACACACACACACACACACACACACACACACACACACACACACACAGGGUUUCAAAUAAAAUCUGUUUCUGUUUUUGAAGAUUGUCGGCACCUAUCUCUGUAGCACUUUGAAGUGAUGCAAUACUGUAUUUAUAAUUUAUGAUUGAUUUGCACAUCAUGGUGAUGGUAAACUGAAUAGACUUUGCAUUUGAUCCAUGUAGGGAGGGAGAAAGAGAGAGAUGAGAGAGCCAAUCAGUGAGAAACGCAAUACUUUGUACACAUCUGUGUGGUAAUCGUCUAUUUGUCUGUCUGUCUGUCAGCCUCUCUGCGUCACUCCGUCUCUCUGUCUGGUCAAUUAUGUUUACCCAUCAUGGCAAUAUCAAUCCUCCACUUGGACAUUUAUAUUUAAAAAAAAAUACAACUUUCCCUCAAUUUUAUUGUGGAAUGAAUUAUCUGUACAUUUAUUUAUUACCGAAGAUCCGCUGUUGAAUAAAAAAUGUUCUUAAGUAA